AUGUCCUCCGCAGACUUCCCAGGUGACAGGUCGAGGCAGUUCCGGGGCAGAAAAGACAGCCCCAAGAAGCCCAGGGUGGAUUGCCAUGCCAUCCUCCGGCAUGCCGUGCACAGUGACCGGGCCAACUGGCAGUCGUGCCAUAGCCUACAAAAGAAGAUCCAGCUAACUGUCACCAUUGAGGGAAGCCCGUGUGUGAUGGAACUGGAUACCGGCUCCGCGACCUCUAUAGUCUCCUGGAGCACCAUCAAAUGCCUCAUUCCACAUCUUUCCAAGCGCCAAUUACAGAGUUGCAACUUGACUCUCAAAGACUAUCAGGGCAACCUGAUCCCAGUAAUUGGCGCCAGAAAAGUGAGAGUGCAAUUCAAGGGGUUUGACGGAUGGUUACCCCUCAUCAUAGUCGAAGGAAAGCUGCCCAGCCUUCUUGGCCUCGACUGGUUCCAGUCCCUCGGGCUGCAAAUCAGCGGCAUCCAUCACCUUGGCACCUCUGACCUAGACUGCCUCGUCAACGAAUUCCCUGCUGUAUUCGAUGGAAAGCUGGGCCAAUACACUGGCACCCCAGUCUCCUUCAACCUUGACCCUUCUGUGCCACCUGUCAGGAUGAAGCCACGCAGGGUGCCGAUCGCCCUCAAGCCAAAAGUGGACGCGGAGCUUGACAAGUUCGUGGCUCAAGGGGUCCUAGAGCCUGUGGACCAUGCGUGGUGGGAAACCCCCAUCGUGCUGCCAAUCAAGCCAGAUGGCAGCAUCCGAAUUUGCGCCGACUACCGCUGCUCCAUCAACCACGCUCUACCUUCCAACGCAUACCCGGUGCCGGUAGUCCAACACCUCCUCCACACGUUGGGCGAGGGGUUCAUCUUCGCAAAGCUGGACCUCGCCCAAGCCUACCAGCAGCUGGUAGUCGACGAUGCUGCAGCUGAAAUGCAAACCAUCAUCACUCACCGGGGCGCCUUCAGGUGCCGCCGGCUGCAGUUUGGGGUCAGCAUCGCCCCAGGACUCUUUCAAAGUUUAAUGCUCCAAGGACUUUGAGGCGUCGUCCUGUACUUUGAUGAUGUCCUCAUCUCUGUGGCCACCCAUGAGGAACUCAUGGCACAACUACGAGCGGUGCUGCACAAGUUCCAGCAAGUCGGGCUUAAAGUCAGGUGGGACAAAUGCCAAAUUGCUGUCCCCCAGAUAGAGUUCUUGGGGUUCCUAGUCGAUGCCCGCGGUAUUCACCCGACUGCUGCCAAGACUAAAGCCAUCGUGGAGGCUCCUCCUCCAACAAACAGAGCUGAACUACAGGCCUUUUUAAGUCUCCUGAACUUUUAUGCAAUCUUCCUGCCUCACAAAGCCUCUGUCACCAAGCCUCUCCACCGUCUCUUGGACUCUAGCGUCGUCCUGUACUUUGAUGAUGUCCUCAUCUCUGUGGCCACCCAUGAGGAACUCAUGGCACAACUACGAGCGGUGCUGCACAAGUUCCAGCAAGUCGGGCUUAAAGUCAGGUGGGACAAAUGCCAAAUUGCUGUCCCCCAGAUAGAGUUCUUGGGGUUCCUAGUCGAUGCCCGCGGUAUUCACCCGACUGCUGCCAAGACUAAAGCCAUCGUGGAGGCUCCUCCUCCAACAAACAGAGCUGAACUACAGGCCUUUUUAUGCCUCCUGAACUUUUAUGCUGUGUUCCUGCCCCACAAAGCCUCUGUAGCUGAACCUCUCCACCGCCUCUUGGACUCUGGUGUGCCUUGGUUGUGGGGCUGCCGCGAGGCUGCUGCAUUCCAAGCUGUCAAGCACCUCCUGGUCUCUAAUGAUGUGCUCGCCCAGUAUAGCGAGCACUUGCCCCUUGUGCUCACCUGCGAUGCCUCACCCUAUGGGGUGGGAGCCGUCCUUUGCCACCAGCUUCCCAGCGGCAGAGAGGUUCCUGUGGCCUUCUUCUCACGCACCCUGUCUGCCUCUGAAUGAAACUAUGCCCAGAUAGACAAAGAGGCCCUCGCUAUUGUGGCUGGAGUGCGGCGGUUCCACCACUACGUCUAUGGCCACCGGUUCCUCAUUGUCACCGACCAAAAGCCGCUCCUCGGCUUGCUGGCUGGUGACUGGCCAGCCCCACAGGUCAUGUCCCCUCGCAUGACCCAUUGGUCUGUCUUCCUAGCCUCCUACGAUUACUCGCUCCAGCAUCGCCCCGGCAAACAGAUCGUGCACGCCGACGCCCUCAGCCGAUGCCCCCUGCCUGUCACCAUCGAAGAUCCUGCCGCUGUGUCCCCGGUUUUCCUGGUCGACAACCUCAACCUUCCGGUCUCUGCUGCCAACAUCGCCCGGUUGUCCACAAAGGAUCAGGUACUUUCCCGGGUCUUAGAUUGGAUUAGGCAAGGAUGGCCCAAAGACCCCGUGGAUUCUGAAUUCCUGCCCUUCAACUCUCGCUUGGCAGAGCUCUCCAUCCAACGCGGCUGCCUGCUGUGGGGCCAUCAUGUAGUUGUGCCGCCCUCAUUGAGGACUACCGUUCUGCAGCAGCUACAUAGCGCGCAUCCCGGCAUAGUCCAGAUGAAAGCCCUGGGCCGUAGUUAUGUUUGGUGGCCUAAGCUAGACCAAGACAUCACGGCCCAUGUUACUGGGUGCCCUCAGUGUCAGGGAGCCCAGGCGCUGCCGCCCAAGGCAGAGCCCCGCGUCUGGGAACCACCUUCCACACCCUGGUCCCAGGUGCAUGUGGACUUUGCUGGCCCCAUUCAGGGCCGAAUGCUCCUCAUCGUAGUGGACGCCUUCUCUAAAUGGGUUGAGGCUGUCCACAUGCUCUCAACCACCGCUGACGCUCUAAUAGCGGCCCUCCACUGCUUGUUUGCUACUCAUGGCCUUCUUGACGUGCUGGUGUCCGACAACAGACCCCAGCUGACGUCCGCCAAAUUUGAGGCUUAUCUGGCCUCGCUGUGUAUCUGGCAUGCCCUUACCUCCCGGUUCCACCCAGCUAGCAAUGGGCUGGCGCAGCGCAUGGUGCGCUCCGUGAAAGAGGCCCUCGCCAAAAUGGGUCACCUAGCCUGGCAGGAGUGCCUUGAUGCCUUCCUGCUGGCUCACCAUGCCACCCCUUCCCCGGACUCCAACACCAGCCCGGCUGAACUCUUAAUGGGUUGCCGUCUUAGGACGACCCUUGACCGCAUGGACCCCUCCUACUCCAUCCCAGCGCCCCUAGAUUCCUGUGGGGGUGUCCGCUCCUUCGCCCUGGAGGAGGCAGUGUAUGCCAGGAAUUACGUAGGGCAUCUCUUGUGGCUACCGGGCGUUGUAACUGACCAGACCGGGCCCUGCUCCUACAGGGUCAGGCUGGACGAUGGCAGAACUUGGAAGCACCAUUGCGACCAGUUGCGGAGCAGACGUCAACAACUUACCAACCAGCAGCCACCUACCGACCAACAGCCACUUGCAAACGACGCAGAGCCCAGAAACGAGGAGGCCUCGACAGAUCAAGCAGCCAAUGCAGAAAACCGAAGCGGCGACUUACUUGAAACAAUUGCAGUUGCUAACUGCCGCCCACAGCUCAAGUGUCUGUUGCCUGAGAAACAUAACGUGGGCAUGGACUGUGAUGUGCACAUCCACAUCAGCAAUGCACCCAUAUCUCCCAUGCAAGGCAGUAGCAACUUAUCCAGUACCCCAAAUACCGAUUUAGUAUUCAUGACGUACAGUGAUAACUCAUGA